AAUAUGGCGGCCACCAUGGAUACAUCAGCCGGCAUGAAAAACAUGCUGCGGUUUAUGAAACUUAUUGGACAACUCAAAAGAGUUCCACGGACUGGCUGGGUGUACAGGAAGGUGAAGAACCCAGAGAGUGUUUCAGACCACAUGUACCGCAUGGCCAUGAUGUCUCUGACCAUCACCGAUCCCUCAGUAAAUAAAGACAGGUGCAUAAAGCUGGCUCUCGUCCACGAUAUGGCAGAGUGCAUUGUGGGAGACAUCGCUCCGUCAGAUAAUGUCAGUAAAGAAGAGAAACACAGGAGAGAGAAGGAAGCAAUGGAGCAUCUGACAAGACUUCUACCAGAAGGCCUCAAACAAGAAAUAUAUGCUCUGUGGGAGGAAUACGAACAUCAAAGCAGUCCAGAAGCCAGGCUGGUGAAACAGUUCGACCUGCUGGAGAUGAUCCUGCAGGCUCACGAGUACGAAGAGCUGGAAGGAACUCCUGGAAGACUGCAGGAGUUCUUUGACUCCACCAAAGGUCGUUUUCAGCACAGGGACGUGCUGCAGUUGGUCGACUGUUUAAACGAACAAAGAGGAAGUGACGCAGUGAAUGCCGACAGCUUCGGGAAGCAAGAGGAAUCGCAGACCGACGCUUCAGGAUCUGAAUGCUGUCGGAUGGACCUGAAACCCAACAUAUCAGACACAGCUUAGGUGUGCUCUUGCUAUGUUGUCGUUAUUUAAUAAAACACAGAAACGGUUUUGUUACCUGUUGUUGACGCUACAGUUUCGGCGACGGCUGCCGGCUUCUUCAGGCUGACGCUGAUGGUGGCGCGUCACUUCCUUCUCCGUUUCAACAAAAAUACAAAAGAUGGAUCAAGGAAGCAAUCGAGAUAAGGAGACGUGGAUGUGGGACCGUGAACAGGGACGAUGGAGUUUACACGCUGGACCGACCGCGCAUGGGACUGCAUCGUCGGAGAGGGGAGAGCGGGCAGUAGAGGGCGACAGCGUCCUCUGCUGCCCGCAGAUAAAUGGAGAAGGAAGUGACGCGCCACCAUCAGCGUCAGCCUGAAGAAGCCGGCAGCCGUCGGCGAAACGUAGCGUCAACAACAGGUAACAAAACCGUUUCUGUGUUUUAUAAAAGAACAACAACAUGGAAUAUCAGACACAGCCUCCUGCAGAGCUUAAUGUUAGAUUUGAUAUUCUCUGUGAUGAUUUUGUGUUUCUACAAAACAAAACACUCCCCCACCUCCGGUUUUUCUACAUCAAGCUUUAUUGCACAUUUCAGAUGCAUUUGUGUUUGUGAUUUACAUUUAUUACCUGGUAGGUUCCACAUCAGAGUUCAUUAUAACAAAAGGGGAAACUGUAAAACGUUGCAUUUAUUUCCUUCUAAGACGAGUGAAUUUCCCAUCAAACUGCAGAACAAAACAAACCUUUUUAGUUACAGAAGUUUUAAGUUUUCUUGUGUAAAAUUUCAUUGCAUAUUUUCUCAGAUUUCCAGCAGGCUCACACAGUCGAUGUUUGUGCUUGAACAGUUAUUUAUGCGUCGGUUUUAAUGUUUAUGAAAGUGGCAGAAAAGCAAACUUUGUAGAAGAAUAAAAAAAAAAGACUUUAAUAUUCUUCUGUAAAUGAGAUAAAAUUUGUAUUUUCCAAAAACGGAA